UCUGAUUGGUUGGCUGUGCUUAUGUAUAACUAGUGGGGGUAAGCGGGUAAACGCCGCACUAGUUACAAACAUAACCGCGCCGUCUUCUUCUCGAACACGUUUUCUCGCAAGCACGUGUUUUCAAGUUCCGCUCGACAAAAAUUUCGAAAUAAAUUUGCACCAAAAUAAAUAAUCAUGAAGACCGCGUCGCCAGUCAAAGCUAUUGCUGCAAAAAAGUCGCCAGGGAAGCCAAAGUCUCCCUUCAAGAAAGCCAAGGAUGUCGUUAAACAAGCCUCGCCUCAGAAAACCAACGGUACUCCAAAGUCUCCUAAACAACAAAACGCAGGUGGCCCUAAGACCCCUAAACAACAAAAUGGUGGUGCCCCUAAGACCCCCAAAUCACAAAAUGGUAAAUUUGUUGGUAAAGUACAAAAUAGCAACAAAAAGGAGAAGUUGAACAAGGUGCCAGUCAUGAAUGAAGCUAGUGAUGAUAGUGGAGAUUCGGACUCACCUAGCAAUGUUAAUAUUCCUAAAUUUGCUGGCACUGCUGCUUUGGAUGAGAAAAAACCAGUGAAAAAAGCUGUUAAGAAUAAAACUCCUCCAACUUCAGCACCUGCUGAAGAAGAUCAGGCUGAACCAGCCAAGAAAAUAAAGAAAGAGAACAAGAAGGGAAGGAAGAGAAUAGGUUUGGUUAUUACACUUGGCCAGUUGGUGCAACAGAAAGAAUUCACUAAACUAAAGGCACUGCUGCCCAAAAUCAAAGAUCACAUUCAGGCUGCAAAGGACAAGAAGGAAACUAUUUCAUCAAAGAGGAAGGUACGAAUUCUGGAGGCUUAUGUGAAGAAGAUUGAGACUGGAAACUUUGAAAAGGCUGAAAAACCUCCCAAGGCACCAAAACAGAAGAAUCAACCUAAAGUACCCAAAGGUUUGAAACUGAAAAAAGAAAAAGAAGAAGAUGAUGAUGGUGAGACUUGGCAAGAUAAACUUGAAAAAGCUGGAAGUGAUGAUGAAGAAGAAGAUGAUGAUGAGGUAGAGGAAGAAGAAGGAGACAAUGAAGAAGAGGAAGCUGAAGAAAGUGACGAUGAUGAAGAUGCACCAAAACCCAAACAGGGAAAGAAACUCUCAGUUGUAAAGAAAGCUGAAGAGAACAAGGGUCAACCUAAGUCACCUAAAAAGACACGAUAUGUUCUUUUCGUUGGUAAUCUGAGUUAUGGAACAACCGAGGAAGAUAUUAAAGAACAUUUCCAGAAGACCGGUAAUGUAACCAGGGUGCACCUAGGAAAACAUAAAGGUACAGAGCAAUCAAGAGGUUUCGCGCAUAUUGAAUUCGGUACUGAAGAAGCAUACCAGAGGGGACUUUCCUUGCAUCAUACCCAACUUAACAAACGACAAAUCAACGUGAUUGUCUCCGAUGGCCAAAAUCAAAAAGCCCUGACUGGCAGCAAAAGAAACGUACCCCGAGUUAAAGACAUGAAGUUAAAAGGAAUGAAAAAACAAGGUUUGUUGGCUGGUAGCACGAAGGAUUCGCAAAAAAGAAGCGCGCGACGCAAGAAAGCUGCUGCAGGUCAAGCAGAGUAAGAGGAAAAACUUGAUAAUUACCUUUAAAGAUUACGAUAAUCUUGUUACAUGAUUCGAAUUUUCAAGUUUACGCAUUAUCAAUUUAUAAUUAGUUAAGUUUCUCUGUAGGUUCAUACAGAGAUAAUUUUUUAAAAUAUACUACACUAAUCGUCAGUCAAAAAACUACAAUUUUUAAUAUUAUGUGUACAAUUUAAACAUGUCCAUAACAAACUCGUAAGUUACAAAGAUGGCGACGUUGAAUGGGAAUGAGCGCACUAAAACCGGCCAUGUACCUUGGAAGAAGUACUGCCAGCCGUGUUCGUGAUACGUGCUCAUGACGCAAUGUCUCAUGCUACGAAACUGCGGGUUGUACAUAUUAUCACCUUGCAUUCGGGAUUUUAUCACAUCCAAAGGCACGACGAAUAUCCACGAGAGUAAACCUGCUGUACCACCGGCGAAUGAUUGUUUCACCACUUUGUGAUUGAGUAUAUUGUAGCCAUAA